GGCCGAGCCGGGCUGCCCGCCCGCCGCCGCCAUGAGGCGGCCCUAGGAGCCGGCCGGGAAUGAAGCGGGACUCGACCUGCAUGGAAGAUGAGCGGGUGGAUCAGCGAACCUGCCUGAUCUGCGGGGACAGGGCCACGGGGCUGCACUAUGGGAUCAUCUCCUGCGAGGGCUGCAAGGGCUUCUUCAAGAGGAGCAUCUGCAACAAGCGAGUGUACAGAUGCAGCCGGGACAAGAACUGCGUCAUGUCCCGCAAGCAGCGCAACAGGUGCCAGUACUGCCGGCUGCUCAAGUGCCUCCAGAUGGGCAUGAACCGCAAAGCAAUCAGGGAGGAUGGCAUGCCAGGAGGCAGAAACAAAAGCAUUGGACCUGUCCAGAUAUCAGAGGAAGAGAUUGAGAGAAUUAUGUCUGGGCAAGAAUUUGAGGGAGAGGCAAACAUGUCAUGGAGCAACAAUGGAGACAGUGACCAUAGUUCCCCUGGAAAUGGAGUUUCUGAGAGCAACCAGCCUUCACCUGUUUCUACUCCAUCUUCAAGUAGGUCUGUGGAGCUGAACGGGUUCGCUGCACUCAGGGAUCAGUACCUGGGCACACCGGUGUCCACGCACUACCAGUACCUGCCGCACCUUUUUAGCUACUCCGCCCACUCGGCGCUGAUGGCGCCGCAGCCGCGCAGCCUGGACCCGCAGUCGCUCAGCCUCAUCAGCCAGCUGGUGUGUGCCGAGGACCUGGAGCCGCUCGGCACCCCCAUGCUCAUCGAGGACGGGUAUAAAGUGACUCAGGCAGAGCUGUUUGCGCUGCUGUGUCGUCUGGCGGAUGAAUUGCUUUUCAGGCAGAUUGCUUGGAUCAAGAAGCUGCCGUUCUUCUGCGAACUCUCCAUCAAGGACUACACCUGCCUGCUCAGCUCUACGUGGCAGGAGCUGAUCCUGCUGUCCUCGCUGACUGUUUACAGCAAGCAGAUCUUUGGUGACCUUGCAGAUGUCACCUCCAAGUACUCUCCUUCUGAUGAUGAGCUGCACAGAUUCAGUGAAGAGGGGAUGGAGGUGAUGGAGCGGUUGAUCUACCUCUUUCGCAAAUUCAACCAGCUGAAGGUCAGCAACGAGGAGUACGCAUGCAUGAAAGCCAUCAACUUCCUAAACCAAGAUAUCAGGGGUCUGACCAACGCCUCCCAGCUGGAGCAGCUGAAUAAGCGGUACUGGUACGUUUGCCAGGAUUUCACGGAGUACAAAUACCCCCACCAGCCAAACCGCUUCCCGGAUUUAAUGAUGUGUUUGCCAGAGAUACGGUAUAUUGCAGGAAAAAUGGUGAAUGUCCCCCUGGAGCAGCUGCCUCUCCUUUUUAAGGCCGUUCUACAUUCCUGCAAGACGAGUGUGAGCAAAGAGUGAGGGCAGCCGGCCCCGGCCGCUGCCUUACGCUGAGCCUCGGGCUGGGAACCGGCUCACCAUGGGAGAGGGGCAAACGCCAUCCAGGCAGGAGAGAGGGCAGUGGGCCUCCCUGCCCUUGUAGCAAGAAUAUUUUUGUUUGUUUUUGUUUUUUUUUACUCUUUUUCCUAUAUAUUUAUUUCACGACAGAGUUGAAUGUAUGAUCUUCAACACGAUGCACAUGGUUCUGUAAGAAUGCAGCAGAUGCAUUCUCCAGCGGUUUACAGAAUGUGAAGAUGUUUAAUGUUACAGUGUUUGUUAGGGUUAGUUCUUUUGUAUUUGGGGCUGGGGACUGAGAUGACUAAGACUACCUCAAGGAGAAGAUGCUGUUCACGCACUGCUCUUUCCAUGAUUUGCAUCCAAAGCAUUUGUCAUAGAGAGCAAAUGUCGACAGAGCUGUUAGUAUCCCAAAGGGACGACUUUGGAGAAGUGGGUGCUAGAGAAGUGCCAAGCUUUUUCCUUAAUUUUAAAAAGGCAGGGAGUGGAGAAGGAGAAGUCUGUCUAGGCAGUUAGUUUCUUCCCCUGGCAGUUUCCAGAUACAGGUUUCCAGUGGGAUGGCAGUUCUCUGAGGGGCUCCCCAGCCUUGUCCUGUCUGGAGAGCUGCAGGUGGGGGGUCUGCCCCAGCCCCCACUGCUGCCCUCUUACUAUUGCCACAACACCUGCCAAUUCCUCUGAAAUUGUGUUCCUGCAGUUCAUAACAGGCUCCUGGCAUUACACAAAGGUGCUCCUGUUGCUAGAGAAUGGCAAGGACUUUACCAUCACUUCCUUAAAAUCCAUUUUUGGUUUACAAAAGCAGGAAAAACCUACUUAGAAAAGAGCCAGGAUUGCCCCUGUUAAUGUGUUCCUCCAACAUGGUACCUGACUCCUGAGGCUUCUGCAUUGCAGCAAUUAUGGGAGCAGUUGAUGUAUCCUAUGUUAAAUGGGGCCUGUGUAGUGGGGUGGGGGACUCCAGUGUCCUCUGGCAUGGCUUUCUGUGCUGGACUCAGGGAAUGGGUGUUCCAUGGUUAUGUCCUGCCAGGACUGCAUAACUGUUCCUUGUGGCAUCCCAGGAGGAACGACAUUACUGCUGUACUUGGUUACCUGCCAUGUUCUAGGUGUUGCAAGGCUUGGAUUUUCCAUCUCGCAGGCUCUCCACAACUCCAGAUGGAGAAUUGGUUUAAUGACAGCUGAUGAGCUGAUUAGUGAUUGCUAAGUGCUCGUGUUUAGCUAAACCUGGGCAUCCUCAGGAGUGACCUCAUGAUUUCCUGCUCGUGAUAGGGAUGUUGGAUGAGAUGCUCUUGAUCUCAUCUGUUUCAUUAGGAAUUAAUACUCAAAGACUCCAUCACUCUCCUAAACAACCGUGGCUGGAUUUCCUUCCCUGCCUCCUUACAUGUAAAUCUGGCAUUCACUUAGCAAGGUGGCUCCUCGAAAAGUGUUUCAAUGCUGAUUUAAAAAUAUGUGUGGAAACGACUUUUGUUCCUUCAGGAUAGGAGGGACGAGUCACUACCUUCUUGUCUUUCCCUGGUGACAGCUGCGUGGCACAGAGCGAGCACAGCUCAGUGGGGCUGCAGCUGCUGUGCACAAAUGUGAUGGUGAGCAGGAGAAAAAUCCCAUUCACCAAAGUCGUCUUUCCCUCCCUCCCCAUGCCCAGCAGGUGCUCCCUGGAUCGCAGCCCGAGGGGGGCUGUGACCUGCUGGUGUGGCACGUCCUGGUCGGUGCCAGUGGCCGUGGUCACCCCAUGCCAGGGCCCUGCUGCUGCCUCACCACAGGCAUCCCGCUGGGGCAUCUCCCAGCUCAAUGGUUUCCCUCUUCUAAAAUUCCAUAGCUGUUAAUUUUUCAUUAUUUAAGCAGGAUGUUACGGGUAACAGCUGCUGGGCACAGCAGUGGCUCAGCUCCAUGGAGCUUCACACCCAAAGGUGGUUCCAUAAAUCUCAUUUACUUUUUGGCAGUACAAUGAGAGAUGUGUGUAUUCUCAGGAAAGCCUUCUGCAUGCAGCCAAUACCUCAUGUGUUCAGGGGAAGAUUUUAGUGUAUCUGUUUGUAAGUUAGAAUGUAUUUGUCAGCUUUUAAAUUUAAUUUUCAAAUAGCUUCAUAUGAUCUUUUUACUACGGGUUAUUUCUGGCUUGCUGUUUUAUACACUCAAGGAAUUGUUUAAAUUGCAUAGGAGUAAUUUUAUUCUACAGUUACUGAAUUAUUAUAAUCUGUUGAUGAAUAAGUGUUUUAAUUAGUGUACAUAAAAGCAGUCAUCUUGUUGCCAGCUAUCUAACAAAAGUAAUCUAUUGGGUAAUCUAUGGUUUUCCAAAAUAGCCUCCCAAAACUAAUGCUGUACCAACAACAACCAAAAACCUAAAUUCAGUUAUGAUGACAAAUAGACAUGAAUGUUCACUUUCUGUUGAAGAAAGCAAAUUUUACAAAGGUUGAUUGGCAGCAGUAUCUGUUCCCAAAUCCACGUUUGCCAUAGGGAGUAGAAAAUCCUUCCUGAACUGACAGGUUCAGGAAGCAGCAAACAAACCAGACAGAAUCACCAGACAGUCAUUCCUGAUACCUUCUGCACCAAGUCCUCUAAUGACUCGUAUUUUUUAAACAGGGUAAUGUGAAUGUGUUGCAUUGCAAACUCAGGUAUUAUGAGAAAGUAGGAAUGUAGCUAGAGAUUUAGAGACGUUAGGUAGAUGUAUUUGUGAAUUUGGUUUGAAGGACACCCUGGAAAGGUUGGAAUUUUUGUUCCAUUCUUCACGUAACAUUCAGUUUACAGGCACUCAUAUUUUAUUUGUGCUUAAUGCUACUAGGGGGAAGUUCAUUAUCUUUGGUAUCUAUCUGCUCUUGCUUAUCUGACCUUCUGUCAUAGAGAAAUCAAUCAACAAUAAUAGUCUUUGGUAGAAUCUUCUGCCAUGACAAGUCAAUUUUUAUCCCCGAUUUGAAAGAUAGAUUGGCUGACUGACCCCCUCUUCUCCUUCAAAGCGUCUGUGCAGAUAGAAAGCUGAAGAGUUACUUUUAAUCCGAACAGAGAUUUGGGACAUAAAUUUGAAGUGCUCAGGCUCACGUGCUCAAGGGAGGCUGCCGAGGAGCGGCUGGAAGGGGUCCCUGCUCACAUGGCUCAGUCCCAGACCCCUCAACAAAACCUUCUGGAAAGUGAGUGAGUUUUCUUCCCGUUCAUCUCUGACUCCUGCCAAGUGGGCUGAGCCUUGACCCCUCAGUGUGGGUCAGUUGCCAGUCCCUGUUCUGGGCACGUCCAGCCCUGCAAGAGGGCCGGGGGAUGAGCAGCUGGACCUCACGCUCCCCAUGUGCACUGGAUGCUGCUCAGCUGGGAGCUGUGCCAGUGCCCUUGGUGUUCUCACCUCUGCAGAGGCACUGCAUGCUUUGGGCCAUCAGGGAGCAUCUGGAUUCUUCUGUAAUUCUUAAAUUCAGAGAUUUAAUUCUUAAGCCUUUUGCCAUCUCCCGUCGCACAGAGGCCGAAGGGGGAACAUGGCAUUUUCAGUGAUCUGUGGUCAGUGGCGUUGCCAGCUGCAGGGCACCUGCACAGGGGAGCUGCCACUCUAGUGCCAUCUGUUUUCCCAGUGCUGGGGUGUUGCUUUGAGGGAGCCCAUGAGAGUGAGGGGUGCCAGAGGUGGCAGCAGGGCUCCUGGACUGCUCUCGCUGGUGGGGGCCUUGGUGGCCCCAUCCCCACCCCUGCAAAGGCUCAAGUGCUUCUGCUGCCAUCCCUCCCUGUGCCAGCAGGAUCUGCCCUUGCUCCUCAGGCUUCUGCACAGACCCACAGCCACUUCAGGUAAAGGAGUUUAAGACUUGUCCUUCAAACCAACUUUUUUUUUUUAAAAAAAAAAACCACUUGAAUUUCUUUUACCUUUACUACAUUUUUUAAAAGGAAAAAAGGAAAAAAAAAAAGAUUCUCCUGUGAAUGUGCUAUUUCCCAUUCAUUCUUUCUUACUUCUUGGUUUUGAUUUGAAGCUAUGAAGCUCGGUGUCUGUGAAAAUGUUGUUAUUUCUCAGGAUAAUAAGCGGCAAUCAUCCCUGCCACAUGAAAGGCAGGAGAAAGGGGGAAACUUGGGGAACUAGUUAAAGUAUGAAACUAAUUUUUAGGUUGUAGAUGAUGUGUAAAUGGAGGGGAGUGCAUAGCUAUCAGUAUCAAGCUGUGGCGUUUCUCUGGGUUCACAGUGUGUUGUUUCAAUGCACAGAAGCUCAGGGAUAAGUAUUUAAAAUGUGACCCAGAGAAACCCUAGUUUUGAUGUUGCAACAGUUGCUUCUUUCCCAACUUGUCUGGAGGACCCACUGAGAGCUGACCAACGCCCCAUAUGGGGAUUUUGGGGGAAAAACUUUGGGUUUGGCUGUGGGAAGUUUGCUUGCAGAAGGCUCAGACGUGGUCCUGUGGCAGAGCAUCCUGAAGGUGCAGGGGCUGUCUGAGGCUGUGCCCUUGCACCACCCAGCAGCUGGGGACCAGCUCUGUUUCUGCAUUACCUCAUCCCUCUGCCUUUGGUGUGAAAUGUUUGACUGCUCACAGAAAAGGGGAAGUUGGAAUUUCUCAUUGUGUCCCUGGCAGCUAGUCACAGGGCUCUGUACUCUGUUGCUUAUGAAUUCUUAAUUUUCAUCAGUACAACUUUCUCACUGUGGUGGUAGGCACAGUCAGUUUGAGAAGGACACUGGUGUGUGACUCUGGUUGGGUUACAGCUGCUAUGAGUGUCCAAACGGCCCCAUCCAGCCACAGACAGGGCCAGCACUGAACGAGAGCUGAAGUUUGAAGGGCUGAAACCCAGCCAGGAUCUGCAAAUCUGAGUUUAAACCAGCCUCGCAAAAAGCUGGGGCCAAUCCAGGCAGUGUCUUUCCCUUGGAAAAAAAAUAAAUUUAAAAAUAGCUCCUGUGAGCUGCCCUCUGACAAGUCUGUGAAAGAAGCAACAUGGUUCAGUGGAAGGAAUGCCCCCAAGGGCAAAAAGAAACAGAAAUUGAGACCAGAUGACGAUCAACCUUAACAAAGCCUUUUGUGAUUCAUUGUUUUCUUUCAAUUUAUAAAAUGUCUUGUAAUAGUUGAUAACAUUAUUGACUCAGUUUCCAUAACUAAACUACCUCGUGUGACAUCCUGUUUAUCAUCUCAAAGGGAUUGUGUGAAAAACUAAACACUGCCAGUGUCUGUUGCCAGCAAGGAGCUGGGGCUGUGAUUGCUGGAGUUGUGUUUCCCUUCCAUGUCACUGCUGCCUGAGGCUGGGAUCUAUGUUCCUCCCCAGGGAGGAUGUGGCUCAUGGCAGUUUGGGUUUUGUCAGUGCCCAUCAAGCCACAGGCCUGGUUCCAGCUCAGUCCUGGGUGCAGAGGCUGCAUUUGUAACCUGGGACCCCACAGGACCUCGCAGCUUCUCGUGUGUCUGUCCUGGGCAGGCAGCGGGUCAGGUUUGCUGCUUGUGUGAGCCCCUUGCUGGUCUGAGGGAUGUUUCCAAGAGGGUCAGUCCUGGUUGUUGGGUCCUUCUUGGCGGUGUUCCUGAUGGUUUCUGCCGUUCAUUUUUCUCACAAUCCCUUGUGUAAAUCAGGGAAGCAGGAUGUUGCCUCGGCAUGACACACGGUGAACAUUGGCACACUCAGAGCCGGGCUGGGGCAGGAGCGUGUCUGGCCCCGUGUCACCGUGGGGGAACGGGCACCGCGAGCUGCCCCGCACCGCGCUACGACCAAAUGAAUGUUUCUGCCGGCGGGUCCGUGUCAGCCCGACCUGCCCCUGCUCCGCUGCUCUGGGACUUGACUACCUGUGGAAAUGUGACCAAUAAGUGUUGAAUGCAUGUUUAGUGAGUGUUUAGCUGUAUGAACUAAUAAAUGUGAAAUGUUCUGCACCGC